AAAAAAAAAGAAGAAAAAUUUCAAUAGUAGCCUAUAUUUUUUAUUUUUUUUAAAUGGCUCUUGAAACUGUUGUUUUCCAACAAGAUCCUUUCAAUUAUAGCCACAAAGAUUGUAAUUUUUACAAUCUUGAAACUUUUCAUGAUUAUGGUAAUUUUGGCUAUGAGGGGUAUAAUUGGGAUUCUUCUAAUUCUUCAAUACCACAAACUUACAACGACGACGAUAUCAACAACAAUAAUAAUUCUUCACCGGAUAAAUAUUUUCCGGUGGAAAGUACGGUGGUUUCAGGGCGGAGAAAAAGGCGGCGGACAAAAUGCGCGAAAAACGAGGAAGAAAUACAUAAUCAAAGGAUGACUCACAUUGCCGUCGAGAGAAAUCGUCGACGGCAAAUGAACGAUUACCUCGCCGUACUCCGGUCGUUAAUGCCGCCGUCUUACGCUCAACGGGGUGACCAAGCAUCAAUUGUUGGAGGCGCAAUUAAUUUUGUUAAAGAACUUGAACAACUCCUCCAAUUUUUGGAAGCACAUAAACAAGUCAUAACAACAAACCAACAACAUAUUCAGUGUAGUCCGUUUUCUAAAUUUUUCACGUUCCCUCAAUAUUCCACCGGUAACAACAAUCACCCGUUGGCGGCCGCCACCAACAACGAGGGGUCAACGAUGGAGGAGAGGCGGACGGCGGCCGCCGAUAUCGAGGUGACCAUGGUGGAAAGUCAUGCUAAUGUUAAGGUGUUAUCAAGAAGAAGACCAAAACAAUUGUUGAAAAUUGUUAAUUGGUUACAAGCAAUGUGCCUUACUAUACUUCACCUUAGUGUUACAACAGCUGAUCAUAUGGUACUAUACACAUUUAGUGUCAAGGUGGAAGAAAAUUGUGAGCUAAAUACAGUGAGUGAGAUAGCAAGUGCUGUACAUGAAAUGGUGGCCAUGAUUAAGGAGGAGGCUAUGUCUUGUUGAGAUGACCUGUCCCCCCCCCCCCCCCCCCCCCCCCCCCCNCCCCCCCCC